AUGUCACAAAGAUCAAUUGGCAGUCCCAAAAACAAGAAAAUAAAUCAGAACUCUAAUGACUUCUACGAGAUGGAAAAUGAAGGCGAGCCUCUUAUACCCCAAGGUGGCUUAGUCAGAGAUGGAAUGUCGUUGAUAAACAUCGCAGCUUACGGUGUUGCUCAUGUUUACAACGACUUUUGAGCCACCCUAUGGUUUAUGUAUUUACUUUAUUUUCUUACUUAUCCCGUUGGCCUUGGACCAGGAAAUGCCUCGUUAGCAUUACUUUCAGGACAAAUAGCAGAUGGACUUGCAACCAAUAUUGUUGGGUUGUUGAUUGACAAAACAAAUACAAGAAUUGGUAAAAACAAGCCAUGGUAUAUUUUUGGAUUUGUUCUAGUACUUCCAACAUUCAUAUUGACGUUUAAUACUUGAAUCCUAUGCGAUCUUUUCUGAGAUAAAGACAAUGACGAUAGACCUACUUGCAAGGGACUUGAGAUGGCAUACUUCAUAAUCUUACCAGCUCUUUUCAAUAUCGGUUGGGCAGCAGUUCAGAUAUCUACUAUGGCUGUUGUCGUAUCAUUAUCUUUGAGCCAAGGAAGAAGAGAUAGAUUGGUCUCUCUGAGGAACGGAUUCACUUAUGCAUCAAAUCUAUUUGCACUAGUGGUUGCCAUUAUAUUCAUUCUAUUAGUAUCCAACCAGAUCUGGACUUUCAGAUUCCUAGCAUGGACCCUCACAGCCAUUGGAGUGCCUCUCUGAUUAUUUUUCGUGUUUCUAGUUCCAGAAGUUAGACUUGCAAAAGAAGCGAUUUCUUAUGACAAGGAGUAUAGAAAAGUUAAUGGAGAGAAAGAGGAUAAUACUGGGGAAGAAGAGAGCGAAAGUGAAGAGCAUAGCGAAGAAAGCUCUGAUAAAACUAAAGCACAGAAGACGUGGAAAGAUUGGCUCAAAAGUGGAGCUUUUUAUGUUCAUGCUAUUGUUUAUACUUUUACUCGUAUGGCUGUAAAUGUCACGAUGACAUUGACACCUUUUUAUUUGAUACAUGUUCUAGGGUUUAAGAGCGAGGAAGGUGAACCAGCCCCUCCUGAAAUUGCUACUGUGCCCCUCGUUUCCUACUCUUGAUCAAUGAUUUUCUCUCUGCUCUUCUACAACAGACUGGUAUCCGCAUUCGGGAAUAGACUACAUCCAUUGUUUAUCGGAACAGUACUAGUAGUUGGUUCAUCAAUCCCCUUCUUCUUUAUGAAGCCUUCUUUCUCAUGGCUGGUAUACGUCACAGUAGGAUUCCAAGGGGUCGGCCUUGCUAUUAUGCUCAACAUUGCAACCAGUCUUAUAUCAGAUGUCAUUGGGAACGAUGACCAGAGCAGUGCCUUUGUUUAUGGUACAUACUCCCUUUGUGACAAAUUUGUCAAUGGGUUCCUUCUAGUUGCUAUAGGAAAUACUGUAAUCGAGAACGCAACUUGGCUCAGAUGGCUAUCAAGUGGACUUCCAUUGGUUUCUUCAAUCGCUACUUUCCUCUUCGCAAUGAUUGGAAAGAUCUAUUAUGCAGAUAAAAUGAGGAAAGUGUCUGUCAAAAAUCGCAAAUAAUAAUCUCAUCUGAUGCUUCA